AUGGAGGAGUGCGGAAGGGUCUUCGGUCUCUUCGGAGAGGUAGCACAGCUUGACCUCACGCGUCUCCGCGAAACAGGAGCACUGCGUGUCUGUUUCUUUGAAUCCAAAGCAGCCCUGGCGCUACAAGACUACUUGGACACCCACGGAAGUCUUUGGAGGUCGCCACCAACAAUUGGGGACUCCAUUGCCUUGCAUGCCUCCGGAAGUCGCGGCGGUUAUGGAUAUUGGGAGCCUGGCCGGAUUUCCAGUCGGCGACCGUCAGACGCACAGGAAGUGAGGAACUACUUGGAAAUUGACGAAGGGCGACUCCUCCGUGGUCAG